CUUUCUCUUGCUCGCAGAAGCUUUUUCUCUUGAUCGCACUUGCCUCUGGCGAUUGCGACGGUGUCCUCACUGUUUUGCAGCUAUGCCUCCCAAGUUUGAUCCGUCACAGGUCGUAGAUGUGUACGUCAGAGUUACAGGUGGUGAGGUCGGUGCGGCGAGUUCACUCGCUCCCAAAAUUGGUCCUCUCGGUCUCUCUCCCAAGAAGAUCGGAGAAGACAUUGCCAAAGAAACUGCCAAGGACUGGAAGGGUCUUCGGGUGACGGUGAAGCUUACCGUCCAGAACCGACAGGCCAAGGUUUCUGUGGUGCCGUCGGCAGCAGCUUUGGUCAUCAAAGCCCUCAAGGAGCCCGAGAGGGAUAGAAAGAAGACCAAGAACAUCAAACAUUCUGGAAACAUCUCUCUCGAUGAUGUGAUCGAGAUUGCCAAAGUAAUGAAACCUAGAUCAAUGGCUAAGGAACUGAGCGGUACGGUGAAGGAGAUUCUGGGUACCUGCGUCUCCGUCGGAUGUACGGUUGAUGGAAAGGAUCCUAAAGAUCUGCAGCAGGAGAUUGCCGAUGGCGACGUUGAGAUUCCUCAAGAAUGAUGAUGGUAUCGAGUGAGAAAUUAUCGGUUUCCUCCAUUUUUUUUCUCUGUUAGUCUAAUUUUGUUUCGAGGAUAAGGAUUUUGUUUAAAACAUACUUCCGAGUGUUAUUUGGCCUUUUCUUUAGUACUGUUUUUCAAUGCCCUAUUUUGUUCUGUAGUUCUACUUUUUAAUUAUUGUGUGGCUUAUCCUCGAAAACAUGGUCCCUUCAGUUUAAUCGUACUUCAAUUGUGAAUCUAAAUGUACCACUUGAUGAUUGCAGUCUACGAUUAUCUU